AUGGUGGAGCUAAAGAUCCUGCACAGUUACUUAAUGAUCUUGCUGGUGAUGGGAUUACAAGGAGCUACCAAAAUCAUGGACAUGGAGGAGGUGUGUAAUGGCACAAACAAUCAAACUAAUUUGGUUAGCCCUUCAACUCACUUUGGGUGGAUGCCUUCUUUGUGCAACUGGAUAAAGCAACUUCUGGAAAACAGGGACUUGGUAUUAGCAAGGUUUCAUUUUCAUGGGACAAAAAUGUCUUUUAGUGAUAGUGAGUGGGAGAAAAAUAGCAGGAGUUACGUUUGCCAGUGA